UCUUCAUCAUCAUCAUCAUCGACCAUAAAUUUUCAACAACAGCAACAUUCAACAUAUCGUUCAAAUUGUCCAAAAACAUUAAAUUGUACAGAUGGAUAUUUUGAUGAAGGAAAAGAUUGCUAUGAAUCCAAUCGUAAUCGUUGUAAUUGUAUUGCACAUUGUUGCCUAGCAUUUGAUUGUAGAGAUUGGGGACAUUUGGUACAAUGUCGGCGUAAAUGUGGCACUCAAACACCGAAUCGUUUUGGCCUAAAACGUAGUGAUAAAUUAGAAUGUGAAAAAUAUUAUUGUGAACGAUAUUAUUUUGAUCCAUCAUGGGAUGCACGAAAUGCAAAUGAUGAACAACGUAAUUGUAUUGGCCAUUGUUGUUUUGCAUUCGAUUGUCGCCGUGCAUUAGGUUAUUGUCGUCAUGCAUGUGGUGUUGAAAAUUGGGUUACAGCUCGACCAUUAGGUAGAUAAAUGUUUUAAUCUGUCAAUCAAUCAAU